UUAUAAUUCCCAUCCACAUGAUAAUAAAUGUGACGUUACUGAUAAUUUCCUAACCAUAGAUAUAGUACUAUACUAAAUAUACGAUAUUGUCUUUAAUUUUACAUUUUCUUGUAUUUUUUUCUCCACUAAAAGUAACAAUGAAUUCAGACCCUCGCAGACCUGAGAAAGUUCAGAGAUAUACAGCAAAAACGAACAAUGGGAAUGGCCAAGAAGACCUGACGCCUGACUACAUGAACAUUUUGGGAAUGAUCUUCAGCAUGUGCGGACUAAUGAUGAGACUGAAAUGGUGUGCUUGGGUAGCCCUAUAUUGUUCUUGUAUUAGCUUCGCUAAUUCUAGAAUAACGGAUGACACAAAACAAAUACUGAGUUCCUUCAUGUUGUCAAUAUCUGCGAUUGUGAUGUCAUACUUGCAAAAUCCGCAGCCUAUGACACCUCCAUGGGCAUCUGCUAUAAACUGACCAGAUUUACUAACGACUGUAUUCAAUUGACAGCUUUGAUCUCCUUGAAAAAUUGAUGGAAACUAUUUUGGUUAUAGUUUAACUGGGAAAAUGAAGAAGGAUAUACUUUCAAUCCUCCUUUCGAGCAGAUCUUGGCUGUCAAGAUAAAUUUAGUCAUUGAGAGUUAUUAUAUUGAGUGUACUGUCCAAAAUAAACAAGUAACAAAUAUCUUGUUACAAA